UCGCGAUCGUGUCGGUGAAAGUCGUUCUCUCGAGAUAAUCCACUUCUUAGUGAGAGUUCAAAUAUCGAAGGUCGUCGUAGUCGGCGUUGAGUGGUGACAUUGGAAAAUGCGCGGGUGAAUUUUCUUUUUCCAAAUAUAAUUCCCUGGCGAAGGAGACCUUGACGUCCUGUUUUCCCUUGUUUUCCACAUAGGCCCCCUCCAACGGAGAGCGGGAGAGAAAAAUCAUCCUAAGUCGAAUCUCACCGAAGCAGUCAUCCAGCAUCCAGCAGCAAUCAGAGGAUAGUCUCGCAGCAGCACCGUUUCAGCAUCGCGUGUGUGUGAAAAGUGAAAAGUGGAUUCUCCGCCGUCCUUUUGCGAAAAAAAAAAUCGUCGAAGGCGAAAAAUUUUCUUCUUGUGACCCCCAGGCAGGAGGAAAAGUGGCCAACCCGCGGACGAAGCUUGGACGGAACGCAGAUAUUUGGGGAAAACCUGGAAAAUUGCUGGCAGGCGGCGAAGUUCUCCAAAGCUUUCUAAUCUUGUGCUCGUCUGCCCAGAAUGAGUUUCGCCUGUCGUUGCCCAUUUUGUGAAGAGAAGAAAAACUCGGUCGGGGCGUCGACUUAUGGUGGAGUCUAAUAACUUCUGUGACCUGCCUGCGAGGAUUUGGGCGAAAAUUACCGCACAAAAGGAAUAAAGUGAUAAGCGAGAUUGUGGAAAUGCGGAUUUUGGGAUAAAUUUCGCAAUCGUUUGGUAACUCAGUGUUGCGAAAAUUCGAAAGAAAAUGGAUGCAGUGUUGGAAAAAGGAUAACCGAAGUUGAGGAGAUACUUCGUGGGGGUAGUUGAAAAGUGUAAAUUAACCUUUAGAAGGAAAAUUGUUGCAAUAAAAGGUUCGGAAAAAUGGUGUUACGCAUUAUUUUAUCUGCCAGUGAAGAGAUGGAUGACGAUAUGUCCUCCCGAUUGACGACUUGUGAUGGCGGCGAGAAAAAGAAGAAGUAUGGUAUCAAUAUUUAAGAAGAGACCACCUCAGUGAGGUCGUUCAUAAAAAAAGUGGAAAAAGUGUUAUGCUUAAGUUGAGUUGGGCUCAUAAUUCAUGCAAUACAUGUUGGCAAUAAGCAUAAAUUACUGAAAAUUGCUCCAGAAUGGCCAGAUGGACAGGUAUUUUGGCUACAAUGGAGUCCACCGAAGCAAGUGAAAAUCGCAGCUGAAUUUGUACUCUAUAACACAUUUCGAGUAAAACGGGAGUAGCAGCAGCUGCCGAAGUCGUCGAAGAAAAAAGCGACCCCGACAAAAGGAAGAGGCGGUGGGUUGGGGCGUACAAGGAUUUUCUUGUAAGCCUCUCCGAAGUUCGAAUCAACCGACAGCCAGGCUGUCUCUCCGCGAAUCUUUCGAAACUGGAGAAUCUCCGUAUUCUCCUCGGGGAACCCAACUCUCGCAUCUACUAGCGUGGCUCCUGUCACUCGAACACAAAUGCAAUCGCAAACCUACACACUCGCACUUCUGCUGGAGAACAGUGAAAAGUGAGAUAGUUACUGUAGAUAAUCAACCGGAAUUACGAAAAAAGUAAAAACAGAAAAUGUUAAAAACUACGACUUACCAAAUAAGUCUAUGCAGGCGUCAAAUGAUGAAACUUCUUCCGUUGAUCCUGCUGUGUCUGCUCAACCGCUACGCUCAUGGUCAGCGCCCUCUGGGCAAUGCCACUUUUGGGGCAGCGCAUAACUCGUCCGGGGUGAUCAAUGCUCUUCAACCGUCGACCACAUCUACGACCAGCGAUCCACCCAUAGAGCAUAUCCAGCUUCCGGGUCAUCGAACUGCGUCCAGCAAUCAAAUUGCCACCGACGAGGAAGAUGACGAAACUCCCUAUCCCAGCAUCAACGACAUCUCGUCCGAAAAUGGACCUCGUGGUGCCAGUCCCAGCCUAAUCCAACAUGCCCGAAACAACAAGUAUAUUCCCACACCCACCACGGCACAUCGGGCCAAUGGCGGAGCACCAGAUGAUGCACACCACGACCGGAGGGUUCCCUUUAACCCACGCCGGUUCAAGUCAAGUCUUGCUGAACUGCGGAAGCUGAACAAUCAGCAGAAGCCGGCUGAGGCACCGGAACGGAACGGUUCGGUAACUACGUCCAGGGGUAAUGAAAGGGGUGAAUCUCGUCAAAACAUGCUGGAAAAUAUGCACUACGGAAACUCGGUGUCGUCACCCGGCUACCGGAGGCCGUACGAAAGUUUCAAAACUCCGCGGGACGAUCCACUGAGGGCGAUCUACGAAAGAAUCAAUGUGCACUACCCGCACCAGCAGCCGACCGCGCUGGAAAUAGACAACAUGCUCGGAGUGAUGUGCAACUUCGAAUCCGAGUGCGCCUGGAAGGCGGACGAAACGAACCCCAACAGCUUCCAGGUGGUGACCGGUGCGAACCUCACAGCAUCGAAUCGAACCGGUAUGAUGCCGGGUCCAAGUUCGGACAUUCUCGGCGAUGCCAAUGGUCACUUUUUGCAUCUUCGGUUGACGUCGAACAGCACCCAGCACAUACUGACCUCGCCGAUGUUCGGAGCAACCCGGGAACACUGCUACCUGGAAAUGAUGACCCAUCAGAGUUCGAUGGGUCAUGGGACUUUGCGGAUAGUGAUCGAGACCAGUGGUAACCAGGAUCCGUCUUGGGUGCCAGCCGAAGUUUUCGGCAACGAUUUGAGCAAGUGGCAGCGAACCACGUUCCGGAUCGAUCGGAUAUCGAAGGAUUUUCAGAUUCUGUUCGAAGUUGUGCCCAAUCGACUCGGUGGACGAGCGAGGGGACAUGUCAGUAUUGACAACCUAAAGCUGGUCAACUGUUUCCCGGAUGCUUUGAGUACGAAAAACUGCAGCGAAUCGCAAGUGCAGUGCACUUCGCGGAAGUUACCUGUUUGUAUCAAGACCCCAAAGAUUUGCGACAUCACCGUAGAUUGCGAUGAGGAAGAAGACGAAACGCUCAAUUGUGACAAAAUUCCGUUCGGAGGACGUUGCGAUUUCGAAAGCAACUGGUGCGGAUGGCAAAACUACGGAAACGCAAUUCUGUCGUGGGCGCGUCACUCAGGACCAACCCCAACCGAAAAGACCGGACCGGACUUCGAUCACACAUUCUGGCAAUCCAAUACCACAGGAUAUUACAUGUUCGUCAACAUGAACCAACACGCUAAUGACAGUGAGAAGAAGACACUGGUUGGACUGGCAAGUAAUGCGAUCAUGAACAGUGUCAUCUUCAAUCCUCCUCCUCUGGUGCACACUAAUGCCUCUUCACCGUUCCGCAACUCCUGUGUGGUCCGCUUCUACGUUCACCAGUUCGGAAUGAAUCCGGGAAGCAUAAAUCUAUCCAGUGUGGAAAUCAAGGAGAAGGAAAACGUCACGACCACCCUUUGGUGGAGUUCCAAGAAUCUUGGAGACGACUGGCAACGAGUUGACAUUAUUCUACCGAACAUCACUACGAAAUACUAUCUUCAAUUCGAAGCACGCAUGGGCAUGCGGAUCUACUCGGAUGUUGCCAUCGACGAUUUCUCGUUGAGUCCGGAAUGCUUCGGACUCAACAUUCCGGCCGAACAUCUGGAUGGGUACAACUAUUGGGACCCACGAAUCGGUGGGAUCAAACAGCCGCACAAAGACUUUGUCGGGAAGUCAUAUAUCGAGCUCAACACGUGCGGUGCUAAAGGGCAGCAAGGGCCGACUCCAGCCGACUGUCUGGCAUCGUACAAUAAUACCGAAGCGUUGAACGCUAUUCACGUGAUCGACAGCCUACCGUUCAAGGGAAUCCAGGCAUGGAAGGUCCCCAACGAGGGCUAUUAUACGAUCAUCGCGAAAGGUGCCGGCGGGGGUCUCGGUUCUGGAGGAGUCGGGUCUUCCAGGGGAGCGGUGGUGUUGAGCGUGCUGGAGCUUCACAAAGACGAGGAGAUCUACAUUUUGGUGGGACAGAGCGGCGAGCAUGCAUGCAUCAAAUCGAUGGGACUGCGGGACGAGACUUGUGAGCCGAAGAAUAAGCAAUACCCUCACGAUCUUUACUUCUCAAAGACGCACCAGGUGAAGAAUACAGUGAUCGAGGACGGUGCAGGCGGAGGUGGUGGAGGAACCUAUGUAUUUUUGCUCAACUCUGCCAACACUGCUGUGCCGUUGUUGGUAGCAGGCGGAGGCGGUGGUCUCGGCGUAGGACGUUACUUGGACGAAGACAUUCAGCAUGGCAAAAAGUUUAUUCCUGGGAAGAAAGAUGUAUCUGGAACGGCUCAUUUGGAAGCGGAACGACAUGCUGGACCAGGAGGAGGUUGGCGAGCACAGGCGGACAUGGCUCUGGAUCCAAAAAACGGGGCUUCUCUGUUGGAAGGAGGUCGCGGAGGAGUUCCCUGCUAUCAACCACGUGGAACUCAUGGGCAGGGUGGAUUCGGUGGAGGCGGUGGUGGCUGUGAUACUGGCGGUGGAGGUGGAGGCUUCUCUGGUGGAGACACGAUGAUCAACUCAACCAAUGGACAGGGCGGAAGUUCUUUCCUGGCAUCGAAGCGGAACGUGCCGGAGUUAUCGAUGGAAUAUUCUGGAGCGAACAGUGGCCAUGGGUCGGUUCUUAUUAUUCCAGCUAUCCAGGGCUGCGGCUGUGACUAUCGCUGUGUGGCGCUCGAUGAGUACCGUUCUACUGUGGGAUGUAUCUGUCCGGAUGGAUGGACGCUCAAACCUGAUAACUAUACUGCUUGUGAAUUACAAACUGAAACCUUAGAAAUGAAGUACCUAAUCAUGUUCUUUGUAAUAGUUGUGAUAAUUUUAUGUGCAGCACUGGCUAGUCUAAUUCUCAUCUUAUAUAAUCGCUAUCAACGUAAACGUCAAGCUGCUCUCCGGCACAAAAUGUUGCUCGAGCAGGAUCUACAACUAAGUCGAUUGCGCAGCACCGCAGAUGACACCGGACUGACCAACUUCAAUCCUAACUACGGUUGUGAUGGCAUUCUGAAUGGGAACGUCGACGUCAAGAGUUUGCCCCAGGUGGCACGUGAGAGUCUGCGGCUUGUCAAAGCCCUCGGACAAGGAGCCUUUGGUGAGGUUUACCAAGGUCUGUAUCGACAUCGUGAUGGAGAUGCAGUCGAGAUGCCUGUGGCGGUGAAAACUCUGCCGGAGAUGUCUACCGGACAAGCCGAGUCGGACUUUCUCAUGGAGGCUGCCAUCAUGGCUAAGUUUAACCAUCCGAACAUUGUGCACCUGAUAGGUGUCUGCUUUGAUCGUCACCCGAGAUUCAUCGUUCUUGAGCUACUCGCCGGUGGUGAUCUGAAGAACUUCCUUCGGGAAGGUCGCAACAAACCUGAACGUCCAUCUCCACUCACGAUGAAGGAUCUCAUCUUUUGCGCCCUGGAUGUGGCCAAGGGUUGUCGUUACAUGGAGAGCAAACGCUUCAUCCAUCGUGAUAUUGCCGCACGGAAUUGUCUACUUAGCAGUAAGGGUCCCGGUAGGGUCGUCAAGAUUGCCGACUUUGGGAUGGCUCGCGACAUCUACCGUUCCGAUUACUACCGGAAAGGUGGCAAAGCGAUGCUACCCAUCAAGUGGAUGCCACCGGAAGCCUUCCUGGAUGGUAUCUUCACCUCAAAGACUGAUGUAUGGUCGUUCGGUGUGCUGCUUUGGGAGGUAUUCAGCUUGGGUCUGAUGCCCUACACCGGACUUCCGAACCGUGAUGUAAUGCAACUGGUAACGGGCGGAGGUCGACUCGAUGCUCCGCCUGGCUGUCCCAACGCCAUCUAUCGCAUCAUGGCCGACUGCUGGAAUCCUACGCCCGAGGAACGGCCCACGUUCUCGAACUUGCUGGAACGACUGACGACCUGUACGCAGGAUCCAGAGGUGAUGAACGCUCCAUUACCCAGCUUCUUCCGGCCGCCAUCCAAUGAGCGUGACACUACCAUAAUGCGACCACCCGGCAACGACGACUUCUGCCUGCAGGUUCCCAAUUCGUCGGACUAUCUCAUACCACUUCCGGGACCGAGAAGCGUAGCUGAACGGUUGCUGAGCGAGGCCACCGGUGUGACCAUUCCCGACACCAUGGUAACCUGCAGUGCUCCGAAGAACUCUUCUCCACGGAUGAUGAACGGUCCCCAAUCUCAACCUCAGGAGGGGAAAUGCUGGGAGACUUCCUUCAUCCGGGAACAUCCAAUCGCCGUAACUUCUGCCGGUUCCAUUUCAACUCAAGAGCCAGGCAUGUUGGUCAUUGAGAAUGGAACUUUGGAGGUUCCCUGUCCAGUGGUGGAAAAGCUGAUUUCCCUUGAAACGCCGCAGCAAACGCCGACCAGUAUACAACCGCCCAUCUCGUUCAGCACUCCGAUGACCAACUCGAUCGGAACGGGUGGACCGCUGAACGGCAUGGUGCCGCACUGCAACGGACUGAGUGGGAACUCAAACGGAAACGGUGUGAUGCCAACGCCGAUGGAUCAGAUCGAAACGGCCAAGCUGCUCAACAGUAUACCGCCGCCGAUAACGCUGGACCCGUCGACGUUGAACAAACAGCAAACCGGAGGGGUGGGCGGAACCUCGUACGCCAACAUUCGGAUGAUGAACGCGAAUGCGCUGAACAAUGGGGACAUGGGUGAGAAGAUAGUUGGUGGGCGGGGUAAUGGCGGUGGAAGUGUUGGAGUCGGAGUUGGUGGUGGUAGUCACCAUCACAGUAAUAGCAGCGGGAGUGACAAGAGCGAUAACCGACCAACGGCGUUCACUAUCCAGACGUUCAGCGAUCGGUACAUAAAUAAUGAGAACCAUUCGGAGAUUAGUUGCUAAGGUGGGUUAUAGUUCUGAGCGUAAGGGAUACGGGUGGGUGAAGUGUUUUCUGGAAAUCGGGAUCGGAAAGGAUUAGGGUGCUUGUCGUUUUAUCUGUAGAGAGCUAUCAAAGGAAUUAGCGUCUUAUGCAGGGCCAUGCCCAAGUAGUCAACCUCGGUCUCUACCUGCAACCAUUCACGACGUAAUUGAUGGUCAAAUCCAAGCUGUCUUCCUCUUCAUAGACACUAAGGCCAGCCCUAAGCCAGAUAUCAUAUGGAAUCAAGUUGCAUAUGAUUCUCUCUUCUUUUCUUCUUUUUGGCGUAACGUCCCAUUUGGAACAGAGCCUGCUUUUCAGCUUAGUGUUCUUAUGAGU